AUGCAAGAAAAGCUUCGAAAGACUUAUGAAGAAGAUGACAAAAUAAAGAAGGCUACGCUCCAAACCCACAAGAGACAAUUCGAAAGCUUGAAGAUGAAGGAUGAAGAAAACGUUGCUGCCUAUUUUCUCUGUGUGGAUGAAAUCAUAAACACUUUUCGUGAUCUUGGAGAAAAAAUUGAGGAUGAUGUUAUUGUGCAAAAAGUAUUAAGAUAUCUUCCCAUUAGAGUCGAUGUGAAAGUUUCCGCCAUUGAAGAAAUGAAAGAUUUAGACACCUUGAUGACGGAUGAGUUGCAUGGCAUUCUGCCAGUGUACGAAAUGAGGACCGAGAAUGGAAGAACAUCAAAAUUAGAAGCUGCCUUCAAAGAUUCAAGAAGGAUGAAGAACAAAGGUCUAAUAUCAAAUAAAGGUUCAAGUGACGAGGAAAAAGCUAACUUUAUGAAGAAAUUUAAUAAAGGAUCGAUCAAGAACAAAAGUAAGUAUACUCUUCAAUGUUUUAAUUGUGGUAAUAUAAGUCAUUUUGUUGGAAGUGAAAGCAAUGAAAAGGAAGAAGUAUAUUAUGACAAGAGAAACGACAAAGAAAAGUACACUAAAGAAAAAUCCAAGAAGAAGAAUUUUUUAAUACACGAGAAGAGCCUAUAUACUCGACAAAGAAAUAGCUCAUCUAAAAGUGAUGAAAGCUUUUUGGAAAGUGAAAGAGAAGAAAUUGAGGUUUCAUGUUAA